UACAACUUCGUGUCGUGGCAAACGUGUCUUUUCAGUUAAGCUUGUUACGCAGUGCGAAUUUUUCACCUUUGAGACUCAAGUGAUAGUGCGCUUGGUUAAAAACAUAGAGCCGCGAAACGCUAUCAAAAGCGUGUAAUGAUAUUUGGGCCCUGUCAAGGUCUCGUCGUAGGACUAUUGAUGUGAAUUUCGAUUCAGUUGGAGUGAAUGCUACCUGUGAGCAUGAACGUCGCAUUUGCUUAUCGUUACACCUGGAAUCGCGAGAUUGUCUUCAACUCACAAAAGCUGGUUAAGAGACGGCCGAAAGUUGCUGCUUGAUAGCUGUGGAGUAUUUUCUUCAGGAGAAUAUCGCAGCUGUGGAUACACUUCGGAUACAAAUUCGGAGUAAGGACAUCGUUGGAUAGGAAUCCUUUGUGAAACUAAUCAACGGUUUGACAUACCAGAGAGAGAAUAUUGAAUUCCAUUUCGGCAUCAGACAAGAUCUGAGAGAAUUUAAAAAUUUUAUCUGUGAUUUGAAAUUGCUGUGUUAUAUCAAGAAGAAUUCUGUUAUUCAGUAAAAGUUAAUAAGUAAAGUUUGAAAAAGCAACUCGAAAUAGCAUUGCACACGAAUAGUUUCAGCCUGUCGAUACACUCUCUUUCUCUCUACAUUGUUGUUACACACUUUUAUUACAAAUAUUACUUUCUACAAACUAUAUUUCAACACGUAUCGAAAGGACAUUUGGAAGGGGAUUGUUAGUGAAUGUUGCAUUACCUUCGCCAACAGUGGGUUAAGGAAAUCGGCAGCCGAAUCGUAAUACUUUAAAUUGCACAGACUAUCAUAUACUAUAGGUGUUAUUCCAUACCGCUGUUUUUCGACGCCAAACCUGAGAAUUCCUGUACAACAAGGCUUUAAUGUGCUAGGUGACUGGAGUCGCACGAGCAACAGCAAAAGCACCCGCCAAUACACUAAGAACCAGCCCUUGUACAGUAAAAACAGCUUCCUGGCCGUGUAUCGGUGAGAUCAAGCUAAUAAAUAAUUUAACGAACAAGUAACAAGCACUACGCAGCAGAAAAAAAGCUCACAACAGAAAAUACUCCCAGCUUAAAAGCAACCGCAACUGCAGCUACCUGCACAAUGAAUGCUUACGAUCAAUGGCUUGACGAGAAACUAAAAUUGCCCUACCUGUCGGCCUCGGGCUACACCGGACCGACGGUGGCUAUCAUCCCUGAGAUCGGCCCGUUAUCACACCAGCAAAAGCCGGAGAAAGUUCAGAACACCGAAGAACUGCUCAUGGAAUUCGAUUACGUGUACGAGAAUGUCGAGUUAACGCAUUUAACACCGCCGCAGACUCCCCCGCAGGACGUGAAAUGUAGUGCACUGUUGGAAACACAGCAGCAGCUGUUUCUGCCUGCAGAACCUACAGCAGCUAAUGAGUUCUACGGAUACGUUGAGACCCCAAUGGAGGGUCUGCUAGUCCACUCUGUGCAAACUAUCAACCAGCCAUCCCAGCAGGUCACUGGCGAAUAUCAAUUGGCUGAUAGUUUCGGUUUUCAACCAGUGGAUGAAAAUGCAGAUAUUGCCCGUAAUCUGGAACUGGUCGAUGAGAUUGUUCGUUCUCGUUCAAAAGAUCUCCCCGAUUGUAACGACGACGACGACUCGUGUUCCUUUUCCGAGGAUGGCUCCGUAUCCAGCGUAGGUCCAAUGAGCGACUCCAGCUCGUCCUACUGUGGUUCUGCUUAUUCGCGUGAUCAGGAUGACGAAUGGAGCCCAAUGUCGAAUGGUAAGAAGAGAUCCAUCAGUAAAAUUUCAGACAACGCUGGCGUAAGCAAGAAGCGCACUCGCCCCUACGGACGUGGCAUUGAGGACAAAAAAUCACGCAAAAAGGAGCAGAACAAAAACGCCGCAACUCGCUAUCGCCAGAAGAAAAAGGCCGAAAUCGAAGAGAUCCUUGUUGAAGAGCGCAUACUGAGAGAUAAGAAUGAAGAAUUAAAGGACAAAUCAGCAGACAUAGCUCGUGAGAUUCGCUAUCUUAAAAGUUUAAUGCGCGAAGUUUGUAAAGCAAAAGGCCUGAUUUAAUUGAUUUAUCAGAAACGUCGUUUUUGGAUACUUAACGUACCUUUUUUCUAUAAUUCUACUUUUUUAUAAUAAGUCAUUCAAUUUGUGAACAAAUAGGUUUGUAAGUGAACCUCGUAAAUGAUAAGAUUUGUUGCUUUGAUUCUUCAUUCAAAAAUUUCCAACGUAGGCAGUGUUGUUUGUUUAAGAAUCUUAUUAGCCUCUAGCAUGUAUGUCAUAGUUGAUAGAUGAUAGUGAACGCAACACUAAAAGUAACAUUGCAGACAUUCGUAGACUAGUGGAAUAACAUUCGAUCGCUUGCUGUACUUUUCGUUGAAAUAUUCAGACACGGCGAAUGUAUUUUUUUAACUUGCUAGCUAAAGUUGCCCCAAAACUGUUCUUUGUUCUUCACCUGAUUCGAGGGUCAAGUUGUAAAUUGAGAUUGCAGCGUAUGACGUCCGUUUAAAGACCGAAGAUUUGCUGUCUUGUCCAAUUUCGGCUGGUCUCUCGGGUGAAACCGUACUGGUAAAACAAUAAUCAAUCUUCUGGUAUGAGUGAGUUCCCUUCUUACCUAUGAAAGGAAUGAAAUCUUUCGACAAAUUUAUUUUUUUAGAAAAUUUAGUUCUUCUUAACUUUUGGAAUCAGUUUUCUUAACAUCAAUUGAUCAAUUAUGGUAACUUUUAAAAUGUGUUUUGCUAAAUUGCACUGCCAGUCACGGUGAAUCGGACACGAUUCAGCAGGGAUGGUUUGGGGUUUUUUUUUUAAUUUCCAAGACAAUUACACCUGAGGUUAAGAAAAUCAUUAUCUAAAAGAGCAUAAAAAUGCAGCAACUGGAUAAAAACGGUUGAAUAGUGCUGCAGAGAUUAAUUUUGCCUAUUCGAGCGUAACAUAUGGAUCCGUGAGUUUUUAUUGUUCAAUUAAAAAGGUUAAGAAGA